AUGAAGUUCACCACUACCUUCGCCGCCCUAGUGGCCCUCGUCCCCGCCCUCGCGAACGCGCUCACCAUCAACACGAUGGCUGUUUUUGACGUCGUGCCCUUAGAGCCGGUCCUCUUUUCCUGGUCUGGGGGAACUGCACCCUACUACCUCACUCUCGUUCCCCAGACUGAUACCAAUGCUUCUCCGAUCAAGAACUUUGGUGAGCAGCAAGGUACCUCCUACACCUGGAAUGUCGACCUUGGACAGGGCACCAGCUUCACCUCUAUCAUCAAGGAUAGCACUGGCGCGACUGCGUUCUCUGACCUAGAGACUGUCGUGGCUGGCACCAACAGCAGCUGUGUGAACACUGCUGUCAACGAGGGUAGCUCUCAGACCGGGUCCGCACCUGCUGCCACUGGGCAAGUGCGAUACUUUCGAUAG